GUAAAACAGACAUGCUAUAUAUAGCCGGGUGGUCAGGAACCAGGGAACGGGGCGAACGGGGGAUGGUGAGGUUUCUGAUGACAGGCGAUUGAUGCUGGCGCAGGAUUGGGCUGGUUUCAGGUGGACAGGAUGCAGCGUGGACCAAUAAAGACUCGAUUGAUAACGCAUGGGGCUAUUUGCUUAUGCGGAUGGACUGGAUAACUAGUUACUUUACAAAAGAUAGGGUAGACUGGAAAAAGACCUGUCAGAAUCACUCCCUCUGUCUGCUCUCCCUCUGCUCAAAUUCUCUUUCUCAUCGCACCGCCACUUCUCGUAGUCCCACCUUGGCAGAGUUAACCCCAUGCAUAGGCAAUAAUGCAUUCGACAGCCCUGAUGAUAAUAAUUCAGUCCUCGACUGCUCAGGUCCAAAACUUAAAAUCCCGACCAGCGCAGAAUAACUUUCCCCUCUCCAUCAGCUCAUCCCAACCUACCCCUAGACCUCCUAUAUUGCUUCCCAUGUUGCACUUUGUGCUUCUUAUCAGUUCUGAGAGUCGUCAUCCUCCCAGUAUUACUUGUUUUUCUUUUUUGCCAGACGCAAGGGGGCUCCACUCAGUGUGUGCCUUAUCAAGCCUGGCGGUUAACUAACGAACUAGUCAUCACGAGACUAACCAACUUCUUCACUAACCCUGUAUCUGCCCGCCCAAUCAACCCAGCACGAUUGAGUCUUUGUUCAGUGCCCACGCAAUCCUACAUUUUAACUCCGCGCCUUCGUAUU